UUGAUUCGACUGGUUAUUAACCAGUCAACCAGUAACCAAAACCAAUAACCAAAAUUACUGGUUAGCGAACCCUGAUUGGAAAUUCGAUCCGUUGGCAUUUCGUGGACCCUUUGGGGGCCUAACUACCAACGUCCAGUCGCGUAUCUUUUUUUUGAUUUCAAGAGUCAGUGACUCAGUCAUGCCUCGAGUUGUCACUUUGCCACUCGCAGAUCUCGACAGCAAGAAUUCGUGCCUCCAUGCACUCGGCUGUUAUCCUCUUCAGACUUCAGAACACACACGCGCUCUCUCUGUGUCUAUUUUAAAAUAAAACUGUUUUAAAAUAACAUCAAAGAAAUAUCAUGGCUCUAUCUUCGACAAGCGCUCGCCAUGGCGUCAUUCCAGCCAUCCAAACAGUGAUCCGCAUGAUGCAACGACCCGUAGGUGAGAUUGUCCCCGGAAAAGAUCUCGUGGCCAGCCAAGAACCGACACCCACCGUGGUUGGCAACGAUCAAGUUCUGCUCCAGCGACUGUACUUGUCACUGGAUCCUGCCAUGCGUGGUUGGAUGCGAGAUAUUCCCUCCUAUAUGCCACCCGUCCAAGUGGGAGCCGUCAUGAGAGGCUACACCAUUUCACAAGUAGUAGUGGCGGCAGACGGCAGCCAGAGUGGUCGUUUCCAAGUCGGAGACAUUGUCGUCGACAAUUCCAUGGUGGGUGGGUGGGACCAAUAUGCCGUGGUGCCUGCCAAAAAGUGUUCCAAAUUACCCAUGCUUGAUAAUAAUAUUCCCAUGACGGCUCACUUGAGCGUCUUGGGUUUGACGGGCAUGACGGCCUAUUUUGGAUUGAUGAAAGUAGGCAAACCACAACCCGGCGAAACCAUUCUCGUGUCGGCCGCAGCCGGUGCCACGGGCAGUGUCGUGGCGCAAAUUGCCAAGAACGUCGUGGGAUGCAAGGUAGUGGGAAUUGCCGGAGGACCACAAAAGUGUCAAUGGCUCUUGGACCAAGUGGGAUGCGAUGCCGUCAUUGAUUACAAAUUGGCCAACGGUGACGGCCGCAAAUUCCAGAAACAACUGCAACAAGCCUUGAAACAAGUCGACUCCAAAGGAUAUGACAUAUUUUUUGACAAUGUCGGUGGAUUUAUUUUGAAUGAAACACUGCGUCGACUCAACCUACGAGGGAGGGUCGUGCUCUGUGGAGCCAUCAGUGGCUACAACGUGGAGGACCAACGAUCCACGCAAGUGGUGCCUCCCACCAACUACAUGGCAUUGAUAUCUCUCCGGGCAAAAAUUGAAGGAUUCAUUGUGACAGAUUAUGUGCGAGAAUACAAGGAGGCCAAACGACAAAUGGCAGAAUGGAUCGCACAAGGGAAAAUCAAAUACAAGGAGGACGUACGAGAGGGGUUGGAACAGGCUCCCGAGCAUUUAAAGUCGUUGUUCAAUGGUGGCAAUACGGGCAAGCUCAUUGUCAAAGUGGGAGAACCAAUGACAGGAACAACAAUGCACAGAUCGAAACUGUAGCUAGCAAACUACUGUAGACGCUGAAAUCUCAAAGCAAGUGUACAUAAGAUUUAUAUCCUAAUACGGUAUUAGUUGGAUAUCUCCCUUGGAAGCACCGCAGUA